AAAAUCGCAAUAAAACGUGAAAAUACCCAGCGAAAUUAGGGCAAAAAAACGCAAGCCGAAACCCUCGCGUCGCCCUCCCCGUCGCCGCCGCCUCCCGCAGCAGCGCACCUCGUCCCGCUCUCUCCGGCGGCCUCCGCGCCCGAGCUUCGCCGGAGACCACAGAUCGGGCCAGAUCCGUCUGCGGGAGAUGUCGGUCGGAAGCGGCUCGUCCGGGCGCGCGGCCCCGCGGUACGCGCCAGACGACCCGUCGCUGCCGAAGCCGUGGCGCGGCCUCGUCGACGGUACCACCGGCUACCUCUACUACUGGAACCCGGAGACCAACGUGACGCAGUACGAGCGCCCCCUGCCCCCCGAGAACCAGCUCCCACCGCCGCCGCCCCCGCUGCCUCCGCCGCCUCCCCGGAGCCGCGACCGCCGCGACAGGUCUCGAUCCCGAUCCCGCACCCCGCCUAGGCGUGAUCACAGGGACAGGGACCGUGAUCGCGACAGGCGCCACGACGAGCACGCAUCGUCCAAGUCGGCGUCUUCCCACCACCAUCCUGCUCCGGCCGCUGCCGUCGCUGACGAUCCGUCCACCGAGGCAUACCGCCGCCGCCAUGAGAUCACCAUCACGGGGGAUAACGUGCCUGCUCCGAUAACUUCGUUCGAGUCUGGUGGCUUCCCGUCCGAAAUUCUCAAGGAGAUACAACGUGCUGGAUUCGCAAGCCCGACACCAAUCCAAGCCCAGUCAUGGCCAAUUGCCAUGCAGAAUCAAGAUGUUGUAGCUAUUGCGAAGACGGGAUCUGGCAAAACUCUUGGGUAUCUGCUUCCUGGAUUUAUGCAUAUUAAGCGCCUGCAGAACAACACAAGGUCUGGUCCAACAGUGCUAGUUUUGGCACCAACAAGGGAACUUGCAACACAGAUUCUGGAUGAAGCUGUAAAAUUUGGCAGAUCGUCGAGAAUUUCUUGCACGUGCCUGUAUGGUGGUGCUCCUAAAGGUCCCCAGUUAAGAGAUUUAGAUAGAGGGGUUGAUGUUGUUGUUGCUACGCCUGGAAGGUUAAAUGACAUUCUAGAAAUGCGAAGGGUAAGCCUUAAGCAAGUCUCAUACCUUGUUCUGGAUGAGGCUGACCGCAUGUUGGACAUGGGCUUUGAGCCACAAAUACGGAAGAUAGUGAAAGAAAUACCUCACCGUCGUCAAACUCUUAUGUACACUGCUACUUGGCCUAAGGAAGUCCGAAGGAUUGCAGAUGAUCUUCUUGUUCAUCCUGUCCAUGUGACCAUUGGAAGUGUUGAUGAACUUGUUGCUAAUAGUGCUAUUACUCAGCAUGUAGAGGUGAUCACACCCUCGGAAAAGCUUAGACGUCUGGAGCAAAUAUUACGAUCCCAGGAUUCAGGCUCAAAAGUAUUAAUAUUCUGUACCACUAAGAGGAUGUGUGACCAACUUUCGAGGACACUCACGAGGCAGUUUGGAGCUUCUGCCAUUCAUGGCGACAAGUCCCAAAGUGAAAGAGAGAAGGUUCUGAACCAUUUUAGAUCUGGGCGGUCUCCUAUUUUGGUUGCAACAGAUGUUGCUGCACGAGGUUUAGACAUCAAAGAUAUCAGGGUUGUGAUCAACUAUGAUUUCCCUACUGGCGUUGAAGACUAUGUUCACAGGAUUGGCAGGACAGGAAGGGCUGGUGCCACUGGUGUGGCCUAUACAUUUUUCUGUGAUCAGGAUUCAAAAUAUGCUUCAGACCUAAUCAAAAUCCUGGAAGGGGCAAACCAAAAGGUGCCCCGUGACUUAAUGGACAUGGCUUCUCGAGGUGGUGGGCGUGGCAGGAAGCGUAACCGCUGGGCAUCCCACUGUGACAGGGGUGGUUCACGUUCCGAACUGGAUUCUAGGUAUAGUGGGAGAGAUGGACUGACAUCUUCUGGGAGAUCAGAGAGUAGUCGUGGUGGCCGUCGAAAAGAUGAUUAUGGUGGCCGUGGCAGGUCUGCUAGAGGUCGUAGUAGAAGCUGUAGCAGGAGUGACAGUGAUAGGUACAGCCGCAGUCCUAAGAGGUCACGCCGCCAUGAGGUGCAGGCUAGACGUAGCAGGACAAAGAGUCGGAGCCGAAGCAGGAGCAGGAGUUACAGUAGGAACCAUCGUGCUAGCUGCAGCAGGAGUCGUAGCCCUGGUGCUAGCCGUAGGUAUGAGAAAUCUGGUGCUGGGUCUAGGUCUGCACGGCCCGACUCAGGGCACCCAGAGCACAAAAGCUCUCCAAGAGCUCACUCUGGUAAUGAUCAUGUGAAGCACUCCCACCUCAAGGAUGACCAUCACCUAGAAGAUGGGAAGAUGGAAAAGGUUGAUCUUGAUCGCUCACCCAGCCCACAGGAUGACAAGUCUGCUCCAUAUAGUCCUGUGUAUAAUGGCAAAGGCAGUGGCUCAAUGAGCCCUAACGGUCAGCCAGAAGCUAAUGCCAAAUCUCUCAUAGCUUCAGACAAACCAGAUCCUGCGUCUCCAUUGCACCGUAGGAAGAGCAGAGAGGAUGAAGAGGAAGGUGUCAUAGAUGAAGAUGGAGAGAUAGCCGAGAUUGAUCCUCGGGCAAGUGCAGCUGUGCAGAAUGGUGAUGGUAACUGAUCGUGCCGACAGAGAUUCAAGAACAGCUGAGUGGCCACCUGCAUCUGCAGUGACGUGACUACCUUUUUAAUCUAACUGGAGUCGUUCGCUAUCUACCAACAGUUGAGAACUGGAAUUGCAUUUUCGUCUUACAUUAAAACAUUAUACUGUCUAUUAUGGCUGUAGAACAUAUUGUGGAGACAAUAUUUGUGAACCAAAACCUGAGAUGCAAGUCAUGCGAUGUUAGUGGUUUAAUGACAAUAUAUGUUGUUGUCUUGUA